AUGGCGCUCAAUAUACCAGGUCUAAUAAUGAUGAUCAUCUUCUACUUGAUGGUGUUGGGAAUUGGCAUCUGGGCAUCUGUAAAAUCCAAGAAGAUGGAGAACAACACACACAGUGGACAGAUAGAAGUGUCUUUUUUGGCUAACCGAGGCGUCGGCUUGAUAGUGGGAGUCUUCACAAUGACAGCUACUUGGGUUGGAGGUGCCUUUAUCAUUGGUAUUGCAGAGUUGGUUUAUGAUCCCACCAAGGGUCUAAUCUGGGCUCUUAUUCCUCUGCAAAUGUCAAUUUCCUUUCUCAUCGGUGGACUGUUUUUUGCCAAGCCAAUGAGGGAGAAAAACUACAUUACUAUGAUGGAUCCAUUUCAAAGAAAGUAUGGAAAAGCACUGACCGGGUUUCUUGCCAUUAUUCCAGUCAUAGCUGAAGUUGUCUGGGUUCCUGGAUUACUGAUUUCCUUGGGAGUGACCAUGAGUGUGGUUUUGGAUCUGCCCUUCAGUAUCUGCGUCUGGAUCUCUGCAACUGUGGCCAUCAUCUACACUGUUCUUGGAGGUCUAUAUUCAGUUGCUUACACUGAUGUAAUUCAGAUGUUGCUGGCGCUUCCAAGCUUGUGGCUAUGUGUUCCUUUCGUUCUGGCAAGUGAUUAUACUGAGAUCACUAAAACAGCCUCCAACCUCACAUAUCAGACCCCUUGGCUUGGCCGGCUUGAGUCUGAUGAAGUCGGGAGAUGGAUUGAUAAUUUCCUAGGGAUGAGUGUGGGAAAUAUGGCAAUUCAGGAUUUCCAUCAAAGGACGCUCUCCUCCAGCUCCACGUCUACGGCCAGAAUUGUCUGUUUCAUAGCGGCGGGUUUGGUCAUCAUUGCUGGAAUUCCUCCGGUGCUGAUUGGAGCUGUUGCAGCGACAACAGACUGGAACUCCACUUCAUAUGGGUCUCCCUCUCCAUAUGAACGUGGGCAGGCAGCGGUGGUGUUGCCCAUCAUCCUUCAGCAUUUUGCCCCAACCUUCAUUUCUGCUUUUGGCAUCGGCGCUAUUGCUGCUGCAGUGAUGUCAUCUGCUGACUCUUAUCUCUUGUCUGCAACCACCAUCUUCACUACCAACAUCUACCAGGCCAUCAGGAGUCAGGCAUCAGAUAAAGAGCUGCAGUGGGUGAUUCGUCUCUCCAUAGUGGUUAUAGGGCUUGUGGGAAUAUCUCUAACCUACCUGGACAACGGCAUCAUGGUGUUCUGGAUCCUGGGUUCAGACCUCAGCUACACCAUUUUAUUGCCACAGCUGAUCUGCGUCCUCUUCAUUGAGGUUUCCAACGGUUAUGGGGCAAUCGCAGGCUACCUUGUGGCAGUGGUGAUGAGAGUGUUGUGUGGGGAGCCGUUGUUUGGCCUCCCUGUCGUUCUGCAUUUCCCAGGUUGCACUUUAGAGAAUGGUGUUUACAUCCAGCGCUUGCCUGUCAAAACCUUUUGCAUGAUCUCUGCUCUCAUGUCCAUUAUGAUAUUUUCUUAUGUGGCUUCACUUCUGUUUAACAAGGGGAUCCUUCCUGAGAGAUGGGAUGUGUUCAAGGUGAAAUUUCAGGGAGCACCAGCAAAUGGCACCAGAGAGUGUGAUGGUGAUAAGACUGGUGAAAAUGAUGAAGCUACCUCUGCCUUUGAACCAAUGCUGGAAAUAAACUGCUAGGAUUUUGGGUUUGUCUUUGUUGAUGUAAUUUUUGGGUUAUUGGCACAUUCAUUCUUUCCUCUUGCCAUCAAAAAUAUUUUUUUGAAACACAAGCACUUGCUGUCCUCAGAUGGCCCCCAUAGCCAACAAUUUAUAGACCCACCGCUUUUUGUUCAUAGGUGAGGAUUUGAAUUGUCCUCUGUCAUAUCACUUGAUUUGAUCUCAGUUACUGUAUGUGGGACUCUUUGUAAUCUAUGGUUCUUAAUAAUUGACUUUGACGAGGAAGAGAAAGAAAGAAAGGGAAAAAGAAGGGAACAAAAAAGAAAAAAGUUAUGUCUCUCUGGGUGACGUCUUAUGUUAUGAAAGAUUUCCUCUUGAAUAUCAAAAAUGUAAAAAAAAAGAAAAAAGAAAAGAAACAUUAAAAAAAAUGAGCAUAACACAUAUCAUGUGUUGUGCUUUAAGGACUCUGUGUGUUGUGUUCUGUCACAUCAGGCGUGCUGACUGAUAAUUAAUGAUCCCCUCCUCCCUGUGUUGAAUUUGGUUCUUGUUGAAAAAUUUCUCAGAGAAGCAACUUUGUUAUACUAAUGUGCUCCAGAGGGAAGACAACAUCUGAGUCAGCCUUUAUUUGGCUGAAGACAAGGUAAUGGAUCCUUUCUGAACAGAAAUAUGUCAAGGACAGUUAUUUGUAAAAGAUACAAGCGUGCAAGUUCACUGAAUCAAGGACAUGUCAGCAUAACACUUGUGACCAGGAUUUUCUCCAGCACUUACAGUACAAAAUAUGUUACCCCAGAAAAUUAGCAUCUGUAGUUCCUGAUCUUGGACUUGAUUUGGGUUUAAGUUGCUCUGGUUUCAGUCUUUAUAUCAUUCAGUAUUGCUUCUUUUUAUCUUCUCCUAAAGGUUAAGGGGCAGGCAGCCACAAUAGCCUCAACUGCCACUUACUGUUACAUUGAAUGUAUCACAGAUAUUUUAUUUGAUGUUUGACUGCAUUCAUUCUCUUAUUCCUUGUUUUUAAGCUCAGUAUGUCUUGAUAAACUGCAUCUGGUUACUUGAAUUUAUCAUCAUCAGGAAGUACUCAUUUAUCUCUCUAGCUGGAAGCGUUGGAAUUUAUUCAAUAAAUAUAAAAAACAUGAAUGCUUGUUUCUUUUUUAUUACUUAUAAGACCUCAUAGUAGUAGCCUUUUGUCCAGAGGUUGUGAUUAAAAUCUUGG